AAAGGUCCCCACACCGGAAGCUUUUCCUGGGCGGAGCCACCAGUUUCCAGUUCCUUGUUGCACACAGCUAACAGUGCUGCACAAUGAAAAUACUCACUUUAUUGAGCUUAUUUUCCACAUACCUAUUAUCGAACAGCAUUAACAUCGAGGAUAAUGCGGGGCAGUUCUUCAGCAGUGGCCAUACUAACAACUGGGCUGUGCUGGUGUGCACAUCCAGAUUCUGGUUCAACUACCGUCAUGUGGCCAAUACUCUGUCAGUCUACAGAAGUGUUAAGAGGCUGGGGAUUCCUGACAGCCACAUAGUUCUCAUGCUGGCUGACGACAUGGCUUGUAACCACAGAAACCCCAAACCCGCCACAGUGUUUAGCCACAAGAACAUGGAGCUGAAUGUGUACGGUGACGAUGUGGAGGUGGACUACCGAGGAUAUGAGGUAACAGUUGAGAACUUCCUGCGUGUUCUGACUGGGAGGCUCCCGCCCAGCACUCCUCGCUCAAAACGCCUCCUCUCUGAUGACCGGAGCAACAUCCUCAUAUACCUGACAGGCCAUGGCGGGAACGGCUUUCUGAAGUUCCAGGACUCUGAGGAGAUUAGUAAUGUGGAACUGGCCGAUGCUUUUGAGCAGAUGUGGCAGAAAAGAAGGUACAAUGAGCUGCUCUUCAUCAUUGACACCUGUCAGGGCGCCUCCAUGUAUGAGAGGUUCUACUCUCCAAACCUCAUGGCUUUGGCCAGCAGUCAAGUUGGAGAGGACUCUCUGUCGCACCAGCCAGAUUUGGCCAUAGGAGUCCAUUUGAUGGACCGUUACACCUUCUACCUGCUGGAGUUCCUGGAGGACAUCCACCCUGCAAGCAAAACCAACAUGAAUGACCUGUUCAAAGUAUGUCCCAAGAGUCAGUGUGUGUCCACUCCGGGCCACCGUACUGACCUUUUUCUGAGGGACCCAGGAAGUGUCCUCAUCACAGAUUUCUUUGGUAGUGUCCGCAAAGUUGAGAUCACCAUGGAAACCAUCAACUUGACCGACCCCAUCAAGCAAGUGGAGCAGAGUCCUGUGAAUGGAGAGCUGCAAAUAAGGAAGUACUCGUAUGUGGACCAGCUGCCGGUGUCUGAGAUCAUCCAUCAGAAACCAAAGCAGAAAGACUGGCACCCUCCUGAUGGCUUCAUCCUGGGCCUGUGGACUCUAAUCCUCCUGGUGUUUUUCAAGUUGUACGGCAUGAAGCACCUCAAACACAUCUUCUGAGGCCUCAGCGUUUACGCCGCUGGAUAUCUGAGGACGUGAAGCUGCAGAUUGGGAGCUUUUACUGAAGGGAUAUUAGAGGAAAUGUGGAGUUUGUGACAGGCUUAUUUUCCUGAAACUGGAAAGGAGAUUUAUGGCACCACAACUGCCCCGCCAGAAACUGUGUGAUGCAAUUGCUGCCUUUUUUUUACUUUUUUGGAUGAUCGCUCUCUACUGAUGAAAUGUAAACAUUGGCGUAUUAUUCCGUAUGUGAUGUGAGAAGGGACAAAUACUUGAAAGUCAUGCCUCAGAUAUGCAAAGCCCCAACUCUGCAAGGCCAUUUUCAACUUUUAUGUGUUCUUUUUGACAAGGACUCGACUUUAUAUUUAUUUCUUUUUAUGUCGAAAGUUCAGUUUUGUCAGUUCAUUCCAUAAAUUGCAUUGAUUUGGUUAAAAAUGCACUUGAAUUGAGUCCACAGAUAAGAAUUUAAUUUAUUUUUGAGAGCGAGCUGCUCUGCAUAUUUCAGCAGCUUUUUUGUUUAAGUGCUACUUAGAACGUGUGCCUGGUCACAAAAAGAAAAUGUGGGACGAGGGCAGGCUGAUUGGCUGCGAGUGGGCUGUGGAGAGAUUACUAUUUAAUGUCUCCCUUGUUCAUAUACAUUACACCCCUUGACCGUCAUAUCACGCUUGUGAAGGAUAACAAUCGCACAUAAUCCCAUCUAGCAUGAUGGACCCGUCCACUUUCCCAUUCACCAAAUUGCCCUCCCUGUGGAAACAUCCAUUAGCUCCCCAGUCGUGUACUCCGCUGAUUGUAUUCUGGGUGAUGGACAGCUAUUUCCCCGGCCAUUCCACGUCUCGCACUACAGCAGCGAUAAGUGAGUGAUAACCUAGUAAGCCGCCGGCCAUCCCAAAUGAAUCUCCUCUGUGCUGGGACGCGUUUUCCUCCUUUUUUUCCCCCUUCCCUUUUCUCUCCAUGUGUAACCACUCUGCAUUAGGCUCAUUGUUGGGGGGGAGUGACUGAUGCUCAAAGCAUAUGGAUUGAACUUGAGGUAGUUUAUCUUUGCUCCAUGGCGCAAGGACCCGCCCGCCGGGUGCCCGCUGCCACUCUCCCUUGCGGCUGAAGUGGAAAAUAGAUGGAGUUGGAAAUUGAACCAUAUGUAUUGGAAGGAAGCUGCUGCGUCAGCCACCAAGUACCUUUUCUUAUACAUUAUUUAUGCAACGCUUAUUUCGUCUUCCUUUUUCCUCCUGCUUUCUUAUUUCUUGUACUUUUAUUCCCCUUUCAGAGAGAGCAAGCUAAUUUUAUUUCCUCAAUUGGCUCGGAUUUUGAAUAAAGAUGAAACACUGGAUCAAA